AUGUCAGACGGAUUCUUUGGAGGCUCACCAAUUGCCUCCUCUCGCGAAUUCACCUUUGAGGCAGAAAAGUUUUUCGAAGCAGAAAAUAUUUCAGCUCUUCCACGCGUGAUUCAAGAACACAUCGCCGAACUAGAUAGUUACGAAUCGCCCCCAAUCUCGCCCGGACGAGAGCUACCAGACUCUAAGAUUCGUGAUCCAGAUCUACAUGAUCUUGUUCUUCUUUCUGCGAGUGUAGAAUCUACAGAUGAGCACAAUGCUGGACACAUUGCCGACGCAGUAUGUCGAUUCUCCGCUGCUGUCAUUGGUGCUGGCGCCACUUUCGUGGUCCGCAAAGUCCGUGUUCCCUGCAAAAGUAUCAAAAGUGGCUAUGUCGCGACGAAGUCCCCCCGACUACAUGGGCAAAGCAACUUGAGCAAGUCUGACUUCAAUAACCGAGUGAAGGAUAUGAUUUUCGAGUUGCGUGUCCUCCGCCAUCGCCCUCUGAUGCAGCACCCAAAUAUCAUAAGCCUUCUCGGGAUAUCUUGGUCAGAUGAUGACACGGAUGAGACGUUGAAAUGGCCAACAUUGGUCUUGGAAUAUGGUAAUGCCGGAUCACUCCUGGAUCUUCUCCGAGCUGGCGAAAUGGAGUUCCUCGAAAGACACCGCAUCAUUUUUGAAGUCGGACGCGGGCUUUCCGCCCUUCAUUCAUGUGGUGUUGUGCAUUCAGAUAUCAAGUGCGAAAACGUGAUAAUCUUCCAGGAUCAUCAAGGGAUAUACACGGCUAAGCUUGCGGACUUUGGCUGUUCACUUGUAGAACAUCCACAAGGAGCGAAGCUUCGAGGUGGCACUCCUCCGUGGACCUCCCCAGAUUGGAGAGAAUGGCUUCCACCGGGCGACAUGGUCAAAAGCGACGUCUACAGCUUCGGUUUAUUGGUGUGGAGGGUCAUGACCUACAAUUCCAGCCUGCUCCUCAAUGGUCUUCAAGAGGUGCCUCUCGAAGGUAAAGCCAUCACCGUCACGGAAUUCGAGUUGGCUAAAAGAGGGGAUUAUUUGUUACCUCUGUUAGCGAAACACUGUGCUACAAUUUUGGAGUCUUCACUGUGUGAGCUAGUCCAACGAGUUCUUCAUGAAACUGUUCGGCUCGAUCCUGCUUCGAGAAACCUCUCGAAUGCUUUGGAGGUUUUACACGUACCUGAUGCCACAACAGCGGAGCUCAUGAUAGAUCUUGUAAAGGAGAAAGCGUCUGCGAUGUCGGUACACGAUUGGACUGCUUUGUUGGCCCCUCAUAUGGGUAUUGACCAUGAUGAACUGCUUCAUUUGAGGAAGAACUACAGAUCCGAUGAAGAAUAUCUCGAACAAUUUCGACACCUGGUGGAACCAAAGCUGUCCCAGCAAUCUUUCUCAAGUCGCAGGCGGAUUGAUCAGGUUCGAAUUUUUGGAAAUUCAGAGAUCCCAGACUCUUCAACGAGAAUGAUAACUCUCGGUCUUUCUGCAAAUGAGGUGUCCACAUUCAGCGCGGACCAUUUGCGAUUGAUGCAGCCCCAAAUUCAGGAGCAAACCAUCAAUUCACUUGUUAACUCCGCAGAUUCUGGCAGCCGGGACUCAUCUCUCUUUUUGAGUGUAUACUAUUUUAACGUCAGGUAUGAUCCAGUUGAAGCAAUCCGCUGGCUUUCAACAGCUGCAGAGCUUGGUAAUUCAACUGCCAGAUACCUUUACUAUCGUCUCCACGAAGCAACUGGAAUUAAAAUGAAGGUCGAUCAUACCACCAUCGAUCAUUGGCUGUAUCAAGGAAGCGCUUGGGGUUCCUGGAUUGCCUUCGAUGAUAAGAACAAGCAUGAGAAAAAUCAUGAAAAUCCUGCGAAAAUCAUUUUGAGAUUUCAGGGCAGCUACAAUGGCGAUACGCCCUUCAGGGAAGAAGCUCUAAUUGGAAGAUUUUGCAUCUCACCUAUGGGCACACAAAUCAACCUGCUUGAUAGUCAAAUUGCCUCAACUCAAAGCAACGUGGAUGACAUUGUGCUAGCCGGUAUGCAAGGGAAUCGAUUGCUUCAUUGGGCCGCUGGGGUAGGCGCCCUGGAUGCGGUGAAACAUCUUAUUAUCCACCACCACGCGAAUGUCAAUUGCUUAAAUGAUUUAGGCGAGACACCACUUCUUGCUGCUUGUCGUGCAGGAAAUGGACAAACAGUUGCCCAACUCCUCAAGGAAGGAGCUGAUCCUUCACUGAGAUGUUAUUCGCGCCAAUAUCCUAUCCAUUGGCUUUGGACCUUGGAAAAGAGUUUGCCUCAAAUUCCAGAUCAUGAGAAGAUGAGCAUCCUCACACAACUCGGGAGAGUUCUCUCACGUGGUAGUGUCAAGAUUGUGAAUUCUGUAGCUGAUCCGGUCGCCAAGAGAAUCAAUGGUUUCCAACAAGAUGAACCUCACUCAGAUCGGCUACAGUCCCACCUAUUCUCAAGCCUACCUCUAGGAACACCACUCCACUGGGCUGUUCAGCUUAGAUGCUUACUGACGAUACGAGCACUGUUGGGUCUCGGAGCAGACCCAUUUUAUUCAAUAAGCACGACUGGGUACCAAGGAAAUGGUAGCGCAGCUCAUCUUGCAGCAGCUAUGCACGAUGACGAUAUAUUUGAGCUUUUUGUCGAACAUAUAGGACCCGAGAAAAGGCACAGGGUAUUCGGAAGGGUGGAAGACUUCUACCCCGGCUUCUUGGAUACUGCAAUCAGCGGCCGCGCGACCCACACACACGCAAAUGGCCGAUUCGAGCGAAUGUCAAGACACGGAAAGAAUUACAAAAGCCGUACGCAGCGAAUGUUCCAAUUGCUUCUUAGCUAUGGCCUCCGCACACUUCAGUCCAAAUACAAUUCGAACCCUACCCCACUCAAUUUCGCUGUGCAGAACGGGCAGAUCGAUAUCGUCGAGGUUCUACUAAACACCCAGUUUAAGGAUGACCUUGAGGUGUCCAGUGGACUCGAUAGCAACGAGCCCGCAGUAACACCCCUGGCGAUGAGCGUGAUGCGCGCCUACGACGAUAUAUAUUUCUUACUGAGGUCUCAUGGCGCAGACUCAAACGCUACAUACCAGGGCAUUGACAGUAUUCUUUCGAUAUGCGCAAUCGCCGGACAUACGAGAUUGGAAGUUGCUAUCGACCUCAUCAAAGGCGGAAACCCGGUUAAUUCUGGUCGCAGCUACGCAAUGUCGCCAAUAUUCUGGGCAGUCUGGGGUGCUCAUUUUCCACUGGCAGACCUUCUUCUACAGCACGGAGCGGAUAUCAAUGAGUUACAGGAUUAUCGAACCAAAAAGUUUGUCGCAUCUCGGCUCAUCGAGCCGACUACGGUUCUGGGACUAUUGUUGAGCACAUGCAGCAACUCGAGUGCUCUUCCACUUCGGUGGCUACUGUAUGGUCAUUGUGAGGGAAAAUACAACCUUCAACCCAUCACUUGUCCCUCGACGUCAUCCAAUAUAUUCCACGCCAUUGCUUCCGUCGAGGAGGAUGGUAGGGAUGAAGAGAAGCUUCGGAUAGCUCUGACCCAGGUCAUGUCAAACUUUGGCCACUUCCAUGACCUGUUAGAUGAAUACGCAUACCAUGCACCGGAAUCUUCCUCUCAACAUGGCACCACUCCGUUAAUCGAUGCGAUUCAACAUUCCAAUGUCAUGGUGGUGAAAGAACUAUUAGCCUUGGGCGCUAAUGAGGAGAAGACUUGCACGGAUGGGUUGCGACCUUUGCAGUAUGCACAAGCCAUGCUCUUCAAAUUCAAAGGCUUAGAGACUUCACGCUAUCCUCCGAUGACACUGACAGUCAUGGAGAGGAAUCGGAAUGAAAUAGUCAAAUUGCUGACAUCUGCGAAAUCGAUGUAG